AUGGCCGCGGCCGCCGGCUCCGGAUGCCGGGGGGGAGCGCUCGGCGCAGGCGCGGCGGUGCCGCCAUGGCGGGGACCGGGAGCGCCGCUGCUGCCGCCGCCGCGCGCGGGCUGGCGCGCCCGGGAGCGCGCACUGCGGGGUCAGCGGGGCGCGGAGGCGCGCGCGGGAGGGGAGGGUACCUGGGGGCGUUUAUGUGUGGAGUGCGUGUGUGGAGAAGGGAAGUCCCACCUGCGUCCCCCUGCCCACUCCAUCCCCUGCAGGUGGAGGCGGCUGCUGGGCCCCAAGGAGACGCUGAGGCUGUUGGAGGGCUCCGUGGUGCACCGGGAAGGAGCCCUGCUGGCGCUGAACAAGCCCCCGGGCCUCCCCGUUCUGGGGCGCCCUGGGGACCUGAGCCUGGAUGCGCUGCUGCCCACACUGAGACGACGCCUGGGCCUCGCUGCUGAGCUCCAUGUGGUGAAGGCUCCUGCCAGGGAGCAUUCUGGCCUUGUCCUCCUGUCCAGCUGCUACCACACCACUAAGAGGCUCCAACAGUUCUUCACCAAUGCUCGUCGGAGAGGCCAAUACCCUGCCACAUAUCGUGCCAUCACCGUGGGAGUCCCGGCGGAGGUGGAGGGGGAGAUCUGCACUGGGCUGCGCUGGCAGCAGCAGGAGGACAGAACCAUGGUAAGGGGGUGCCGGCAGGCUGAGGAUACAGGAGAUAUCCCAGGGAGUGCUGAAGGCCGUGCUCGGCAGGUGGUGCCAGUGCCAGCCCCAGGACGCUGCAGCCUGGCCAGGAAGGAUGUGAAGAGCACCCUGACACGCUACCGGGUGCUGAGCACCAUGGAGGGCUGUGCCCUCCUCCAGCUCCAGCCCAGGACAGCCUUUCCAGAACAGCUCCAGGUGCACCUGGCACUGCUGCUGUGCCCAGCCCUGGGCGACCACAAGCACUCUUCCCUAGUGGGCAGGGUGCUGGGAGUGCCCUUCUUUCUGACCCCUGAGACCGCCCCAACCCGCACACAGGUUAUGGCCAGGGUGGAUGCUGGGUGGGGCAUUCAGCACAGCCCUGUGAUCCCACUGAGGUGCCCACUCAUAUUGCAGGUACUGGAUAAGGAGUUGCUGUCCCGGCUGGGUAUUUCUCCACGGCAGCUCCAUCACCUCCCACUCCACAUCCACCUGCAGGAGUUAAUGCUGCCUGAGGGCCCCCUCUGUGCCCCACCACUACCCUACUUUCUGCACACUCUGCGCUGUCUGGGGCUGCCUGAGCACUAGGAGCCCUAGUGCUGCAGGGGGACACCCACUCCACUCUCUGCCAUCCCAUUAAAAUGCCCCCCUGCUGCCUGGGUGGCUCAGUACUCAGUUCUUUUCUUGGCACACAGAGGAUGCAUUUCUCCUGGCUGUCCCUCUGGCAUUGCUGGGGGCACCAGCCCUGCCACCACUUUGCACCUGCCCUGGUUCCCAGUUCUAGAAUGCAGCAGUGUCAUCACCUACCGCAGCUUCAUCUGGCAGGGGCGACUACAGGCAGCUUUUCCUGCCUACUCUCUGCUCUGGUAGCCCCAGUUCCCGCCCACAGCCCCAUCCCAGGGAGUCCUAACCCUCCCCACAACUCUGGCACACAGAAAGUCUGAGACAGACCUUAUCACA